AUGGUACUGAACAAGCCCCCGGCCAUGGCCUCCCAGGGCCCCCUCCCCCUGGAUAAACCAGAUCAGUUGCCCCCCACCUUCCUACAGGGUAGAAACGGGGAGUCUGCUGCCUGGAGUGUUCAGGGCCAAGCUCCAAGCCUCCUGGCCCCCAGCAUAGAGCCCCAGCCACCCGAGGGGCCACACCAUGACACAGGAGCGACUCAGGAGCCCCUGAAAGUUUUGGGAGGUAACCUGGAAAACCCAUGGAACAGUGACAGCAGCUUGCUGAGCCUGCAACAGUCCAGCCUGGGGAAAUGCAGGGAAAGUGUCACCAGCCUGGUGAGCAGCGGGUAUGCGGGUGAUGAGGAGAACAGUGAGGUCAGCCUGGUGGGCAGCACUCCAAUCCCGAGGUUGCAGAGAAGGCUCCAUACCCAGGCGGGCAGCGCCCCAGCCAGCCAGUUGUGCGCCAUCUACUCACCCAGCCAGAUCAGGAGCCGGUUGGCCAGCCAAGCCCGCAGGACCAAGCAGACUGGAGGGGAAAAGAGAGACCAGCCUGCCCAGCAGCGGCAUCAGCAGCAGGGCCAGCAGCCUGACCAGCAUGAGCUUCAUCAGCCUGGGCAGCAGCGCCCUGAACUACCAGGUGAGUAGCGGUCUGCUCAGCUCCACCAGCAGCCUUCCUGCCAGCCAGG